UUUGGUUUUUGGGCUGAGGCGUGAAGUCCGGAACGAAACCCACGCUUUGAGGGAACGGAACGCAUUUUCAGUCAUCUCCAGCGACGCGAUCCCCUCCUCUCCUACCCAACGAAAUCCAGAUCGAACGCCGCCGCCGCUCUUCCCCGUCGCCGGCCACCUCACCUCCGCCGCCCCCUCCUCCAUCCGGCCAAGCUCCACCCGCUCCCGAGCCCCGCGCACAAGAUCGACCGCCGUCGCCAUGGACUCGCCAAGGAGAGAGGCGGCGCCCCCAAGAACUAUCUUGUCGCGGCGGCCCGUUCGCCGGCGCGCACGUGCACCGGUAGCACGGCGCGCGGCGCUCCGUCGAACUCGCCGCCCACGUCGAGCGCGUGGCCGACGGGGGCUGCUUCACGCCGGCGAGGUGUGCCGCCCUUCCAGACGCGUCAGGGCAGCUGCUUUCUUUUUGCGGCUCGUCUCCGCCGACGGCCAGACCGGUGGCCCUCGCAGCGCCCUACUCUGGGACGUCGCCUACAGAGGAUCCGCACUAGUACUACUGCCGAUACAUCAGCUUCUCCGGCCAGGAGUUCACCACAUCUGCUGGGUGCUACCUUGGGACUUGGGAGGGGCUGCAGUUUCAGGAAGUGACAAGGCAAGAGGCAUUGGUGCUGUUCAAAGACACUGGAGGCUUGACUGUAAUUUGGAGUUGUACAAGGGCACUGGAGGCUUAGCUAUAAUUUGGCUAUCAAGUACUUGUUAUCUUUAAGAUCUUGUGAUAAGUGUACGUCCUCUGCAUAAUGACCAUGGUGCAUUCAACUGAUAAACUGUGUUUUUCUAUAAUAGUUUAAUUGUAUUUGUUUCUUUUCUAAUAUACACUCUUCUUCUAAUA